AUGACAUUCAAAGUCCUCGUCUACGCCCACCGCCUCCCAGGAAUCUCCCCAGAAGAUUUCAAGCAGCACUACGAAGCACACAUCGAGCUCUUCAAGCGCCUGGUCGGCGACGACUUCCCGCUCUCCCACAGGCGCGUCUACAUUGCUCGCACGGCCGUCGAAGCGGCGCCAGACGGUGCCUCGGCACGCAACGCGACAACUCCAGCAACCGUGGUUGUCGGCCAACAAUCCGACUACGAUUAUGACUGUCUGGCCGAGAUGACGUUCGCGGAUCAGGCGAGCUGGGAGGCCUGCGUGGCGAAGGCCUAUGCCCCCGAAAUCAGUGCGCAGAUUGCGGCGGACGAGGAUAAGUUCUAUGACCGCUCGAAGACGGGGGUGGUCAUUGUUGGGGACGUCACGGAGACCACGAAAUAA